UUCAUCAUCUCAUGUAGCCAUUUCUGGGUUAGCUAAAGCUGCAGAGUAGCAUAGCAGUCAUCGUCGGUUGUAGCGAGAUACUAUGGCCCAGGCAGCACAGGCAAAUAAUGUCUUCGACGCAAACAACUCUCAGAUACAAGUGGAACACGAUAAACAGCGUCGGCAAUUUGUUAUAAGACUAAAUGGAUCUCACGACCGUGCCGUUCUUCUGUAUGAAUAUGUCGGGAAGAAGACGGUGGACUUGCAACACACUGAAGUUCCAGAUGCUUACAGAGGUAGAGGAAUAGCAAAGCACCUGGCCAAGGCAGCCAUGGAUUUUGUGGUGGAAGAGGACCUGAAAGCUCACUUGACCUGCUGGUACAUUCAGAAAUACGUCAAAGAGAAUCCUCAGCCUCAGUACUUUGAACAUAUUUAUCAAUGACCACACGUGGCUCCGAGAAGGAGAAAGAGACUCCCAUGGAAUAAAUACUGUGUGGCAUCGUGCUUUGGAGUUACAGGCUGACAUACAACAAAGGACCCACCAGGCUUUGUUAAACAUGACAUUGAGUGACUCCAGAGACGACCGAUCUCACGGCACAGACGUCCGUGAGCUGAACGUUGGGUCUACAGGUCGGUAACACAGGUGUUACACCAGAAACAGGAAGUGAAUCAGCUGGUCACUACUCUUAACAAAAUUAGCAAAUAACCUCAGACAGAAACAUUCAGGAUGUGUACUCAUCACUGAUGGGAAGCAAAGGUCGGGCCUGUAAAGGUAACAGAUGUGAUGCAUAUUUCCUGUCCUCCUUUGGACUCAUCGGAUGUGAGCAGCGCUGCUAGAUGACCGACCCAGGUGUCUUUCUCCAUGAUGGUGAUGGCGGCGCUUCUGAUGCUCAAACUAUGAUGACUUUUAUAUUUCGACCCUCUUCUGAUAUUCUUUGGCUUUAUUAAUGUUCUUUUUUCUUUCGCCUCCUUUCAUACAAAUAGUUUUUUUAAGGCUGAAAUGCUAAUUUGCUAAGUUGUAAAUGCUAAACAAAUCUUUGAAACGUCAUGUCAUUUUUUUCUAUGAAAUUGCGGAGAGGUAUAGGCAUUAAUUCGGUGGAUACUGGGUAAUUAUUUGGAAUUUUAUUUUCCCAAAAUAUCAAUUUGGUUCCACUGUUACUAUAUCCACUCCCACUGUUUCAAGUAACAGAAAUGUACUGUUUGUUAUUGGAGUCCUAAAUUGAUCAUGGAUGCAGGGAUUUGUAAACCAAAGAACACAAACUGAGGAUGGCGAACUUUGAAGACAAAGUUCAUUAUUUUCUCCAUCGCACAUGUUAAAUAUUAGACACGUGAUAAAUUGGGUCUGAACCUCAUCACUGUGUGGUACAACGCUUCAGUGUGGAUAUGGAUAAAUAUCUCUGCUCAAACCAGCACUUAAAAAAACAGCACUGUUAUAUUCAGGGCAUUUACAUUGUAUGGUGUCCAUUGUCCUUUGUUCUGUUUUUCAGUAAAAUGACACUGGAUGGACGGAUCUUAAACGCUUGUUUUUACUUGUCAUUUGAUCUGUUUUUUUCUUGUACCCACAUGGCUGCUUUCACCAGCUGAUGUAAAAGUGAUAAAGGUCAUCAUGGAAGAAAUUUUUUACUGAAAAAAAACCAGUGUAUUCCCCUUUUUUGGCUCUUCAUGAGCUUUUGCUGUUGACAAUCUUCAGUGUUGAGGAGAAGAACACCUCAGGUUGCUCAACACUCUGGCAGGACACACAACAUGAAAUGCAGACUUUCUUUAUCUGCUUUAAUCACCGAGUUAAUUGCCGGAAUCCACUUCCCCUUUUGUAAAACCGUCCUUUAGGUGACACAAACCUAUUGAUAGACCAAGAUAUCCAAUGUAUUAUUUCAUUUUUGUGUUUAUGUUUACAUGUGUUUACCAAUUCUUGUUAUAUUGUUUUGUGCUUUUGACUUUUUUCCAUUCUUGCUAUCUAUGAAUAAAUAAAACAAUACUCAUCACAUUAUUAUCACAUUAAGUUUGUACAUACAGCCAACUUUAAAGAGAUUAGGUACUGUACAAUAUAUUUUGCAUAAGUAGUGCAGUAAUUUAGAGAGAUAAAUAAAACUUUGUAUGUACACUAAACUAUGUAUGUAUAUUGUGGUAACUUAAAUGUAUUUAACAUCCUGCAACAAAGGUUAAAGAAAAACUAGAAGAGUUUUGCAAACUUGAAUUUGCUGCCAUCUAGUGACAUUAUUAAGAAUUACUUAAACUCUUUGUCACAUUGUGUACCGUUAGCAAUGCAGGGGUGAGCUGGACAGAACUCUGCUUGCUAAUCUCCCAUUUGAAAGCACAGCAGUUCAACCACAGAUCCAGCGGAGACUAUGUUCUAUAGUGAAAAACCUGCCUGUUCUAGUUAUUUUACAGCAUAUUCUAGUGUAUUUAGACUG